CUGCUUCAUCAAUCGCACUAAGCUGUGUGUUAGAAACUAGUAUCCCGGACUCUUUCGGUUCAGCUUUGAUCGGUAUUUUGUUAGGUAGUAUUGCCGCGUUUAUCAUUCGCAAUAACGCUAUGCACUUGGCAGGAAAAUCAGUUCCGCAAGUAGUAAUAAACGAUAUCGUAGCACAAUUAAGGCACGACAACAUCAUAAAGUCAGUACAUGAUGUGAAAGCAGUCGGACAUGGAGUUGGGCAAGUUCGAUUUAAAGCAGAAGUGGAAUAUGACGGACGAGCAAUCACCAAUUUGUAUCUUUCAGAGUCAUGUCACAUUCCUUCUGUCAUUGAGGAAGCAAAGAAAAUCAAAGAUGAAGAAGGAUUGCGACGAUUCAUGUUACAUCAUGGUGAGCAUAUUGUUAAUCGGAUAGCUGAUGAAGUGGAUCGUAUUGAAGAUGUGAUCACCAAAAAGCAUCCGGAUGUUAAGCAUGUUGAUUUGGAACCGCUGUAA